CCUUGCUGCUCGAUCUCUGCACCUGCGUUUGCUGCCGCCGACAAGCAAGCCACGGCCACGAGCAGCCAUGGAUUCCUCCUCGAUCGCAUCGGUGACCAUGUCCUCACGCCAUUGCAAGCACUCUGCACUGCAACAACCUAUAAAGACUCAGCCGCCAUUGACGCCACCGUUGCAAUCUCCAUGACCAGCAGCAGAUCAAGAAAAUGGCGGCGGCGACGGCGAGAGCGAGACGGCCUCAUGUCCUCUGCUUUCUCCUCCUCGUGAUGGUCAUGCCAUGCGCGAUCUCGGCCGCUGAUCUGGCGUCGGACGGCCGUGGGAGGUUGUAUCAGGUGGCCAUGGACCAGGCCGCGCGCGCCCUCGCCGAGGCCCGGGCGGCGCGCCGGGACGACCCGCGCGACGGCGUGGCGCGGCGGGGCGCCGCCCAGGCUUGGGCCGACUGCGACCAGCUCGUGGCGUUCGCCGUCGGGCACCUGAACCGGACGGUCGCCGCGGCGGCGAGGGGGGUUGACGGCGACGACGUGGCGGCGUGGCUCAGCGCCGCGCGCACAACCGUGGGCACGUGCCUCGACGGGUUCGGCGAGCUCGGCGCGUCCCCCGGGCCGGAGUUCGCCGCCGCGCUGGCGAACGUGUCGAGGCUGGUGACCGACGCGCUCGCGGCCACCGCGCUCCGGCGCGGGACGGAGAAUGGCGCGCGCGCUGCAACAAACUCAGGCGAUGGCGACGGCCGGAUGCUCCCGCUCGACAUGGCGAGGCCGGGAGACGCCGACGUGGUCGUGGCGAAGGACGGGACGGGCCAUUUCUGCACCGUCGGCGAGGCUCUCAAGGCGGCGGCGAGGCGGGCGACGAACGGUGGCGGGAGGACCGUGGUGUACGUCAAGGCGGGCGUGUACAACGAGAACGUCGAGGUGUGGACCACCAACUUGAUGCUCGUCGGCGACGGCAUUGGCCGGACGGUGAUCACCGGAAGCCGCAGCGUCCGGGGAGGCUACACCACCUUCAGCUCCGCCACAUUCGCCGUGAACGCCGACGGCUUCGUGGCGUGCGGCGUCACGUUCAGGAACGCGGCGGGCGCCGGGUCCGGGCAGGCGGUGGCGCUCCGCGCCAGCGGCGACCGCGUCGCGUUCUACCGGUGCAGUUUCGAGGGACACCAGGACACGCUGUACGCGCACACGCUCCGCCAGUUCUACCGCGAGUGCGCCGUCGCCGGCACCGUCGACUUCGUGUUCGGCAACGCGGCGGCGGUGCUCCAGCGCUGCAGCAUCCGCGUCCGCCGCCCGCCGCUCCCGGGGCAGCCCGCCGUGGUCACCGCGCAGGGCCGCGUCGACCGGUACGAGCGCACCGGGUUCGCCAUCCACGGCGGCCGCGUCACCGCCGCGGCCAGGUUCGGCGCCCCCGGCGCGGCGGCGUCGGCGCCGUUCGAGGCGUACCUGGGGCGGCCAUGGAAGGAGUUCUCCCGGGUGGUGUACAUGGAGGCGUACAUGGACGCCACGGUGGGCGCGGCGGGGUGGCUGGCGUGGGACGGCACGGCGUUCGCGCAGAGCACGGCGUUCUACGGCGAGUACCGGAACUCCGGCCCCGGGUCCGGCACGGAGGGGAGGGUGAGGUGGGGUGGGUACCAUGUCAUCACCGAUCCCGGCGUCGCGGCGGAGUUCACCGCCGGCGAGAUGGUGAACGCCGGCGAGUGGCUGGGCUCCACCGGUGUCCCUUUCACUCCUGGACUCUAGCUCUGUAUGUAUAUUGGCAUUUUGUGCUAGGGACUGGUGAUUUUGUGUAUACAGGGACUAGAUUGAGGUCCCCAUCAUUUGUAAAAUCAGCCGCGGAUAAAAUUUAAAUUUUAAAUUUAAAGUUGAUUUUUUAUA